AUGGCCUCAGAGGUCCUUGAGGCCCUGCAGCUUUUGAAAGAGUAUGGAAAUGCAGCCAGCUUGCAUUCCACUGUCAGCAACUGGAUGGUGUGCAUGCAUACCUCCCCAGGGAAGCCGCCAAAUCUUGGUGCGGCAAUGUCGGAGCUCUGGAGCAACCUUUUCAGACCGUCGCCACAAAACGUCGAUGAGCUGCUUGAGCACGAUCACCAUGGAUGCGUGCCGAAGGUCAUCGCCAUUGCUGCUGCUCACGUGCGGCUGUGGCGCGACCUCGCCAGUGGCAAGCUCCCUGUUCAAGAAGAUGCAAGCUUGGAGAGUGACCCCUGGUAUCUUGUCAUGGAGGACGAUGUGAUUUUCUGCCCUGGCUGGCGUGAGCGCAUGCAGCGGGAGCUUCCUUUGGCUCCACACGAUGCGGAUGUAAUCAAGCUUUUCUUUUUUGGACACUGGCGUGCUGAAGAUCAGGUGGGCAACAGCUCCCUGCCGGGCCCGUUUCUUCAGGCGAAAGAUCCUUUGCGCGGUUGGGACCUGGUAACUUCAGCACUCUACGAAUUACUGCAUGGCGCUGGUUGGUCGAAAGUUCCCGCGGCCGGGUUCUAUGCGGGGACACAGGCCUACCUGAUCCGACCCUCCGGCGCCCGGAAGCUGCUGGAAAAUAUCCGUGGCAAGCCUUUCCAAGACAUUGACAUGACAAUGAUGGGCAGUGUGAAAAACUAUGUUUGGCGAAGAGUGCUAGUGAGGGACCGGCCAGAGGACCCAAGACAAGUGAGCUUGUUGCAGACAGUUCCAACUUGUAAUGCGGAGCCUCCGAAAGAUCAGUUCCGAUAG